AUGGAUGGAGAAACAUCUUCUUCUCUCAGAGUCUCUGUUGAAGAUAACAACAGCUAUUCCUGUGCUGUUACAGGAUAUGAAGAUUACCACUCUCCUCCAGUGUAUGGUCCAAAGCUUCCCUCUGUGUCAGUGAGUCCCUCUGCUGAGAUAGUGGAGGGCAGUUCAGUGACUCUGACCUGUAGCAGUGAUGCUAACCCAGCAGCUAACUACACCUGGUACAAGGAGAAUGAAGACUCACCAAAAGCAUCAGGACAGAUCUUCAACAUCACUGAUGUUAGACCUGAACACAGUGGGAAUUAUUACUGUGAAGCCCAGAACAGCAGAGGACGUCAGAACUCCACCUUACAUCUGAUUGUUGGAGCAGGGAAUUCAACAACAAUAAUGCAUAUCAUCUGGCCAACUGUGGUGGUCCUGAUACUGAUUCCUCUGCUGCUCCUGGGUCUGUGGGCGAGUUGGACUCAAUUCAGGAAGAAGAAAACUCUGAGCUCCACCACUAAACCACAUGAGCCUGUAGAGCUAGAGUUAGAUUCUUGUCCUGACUAUGAGAACAUCUCACACACUGCAGCAAAGACAGAAGACCCAGAGGAGCAGGAAGACCUGUCAGACUCUUGUCCUGUGUAUGGGAACAUCUGAGAAGAUGAGAUAUGAGAAAUAUCCCGGUGGAGAGCGAGGCUGUGGAGGAUGCGGGGGAAGUGGAUACAUUUACCUUCAACUCCAGAAGAUUUUAUUGUCAAUUUUCAGUAGCAGCAGCAGAUAGGAGUCAGCAGCAGCAUGUAGCAGAACGUUUAGAAGAAUGUGGUGAUGGCAGCUUGAUCUGAAUCAUGUCGAGACCUCAAACAUCAUUUAUUGUUCAGAUCAUGUGAUGGUCAGGUGCUGUGUGACUUACUGAUGUAUAUGCAAGCUUAUUUUUUUCCUGUAG